AUGAAAGGAGCUAGUUCAAGCCGUGAUACGAGAAAAAAGCCCGUAUGCGAUGAAUUGGAUGAUGGGACCCUAAGUCCUACGCCUGCCCCUAAUGCCAGUGGAAUGAUCACCAUGACUGAGGCCAAUUUGUUCGCGUUUUGCCAGCAGAUGAUGGCUACGCGGGAGAAUGCCCGAGAGAUACGUGAAUACCACAAAGAGGUUCAAGCUUCGAUGGAUACGAAGGCCGUGACGACAUUCGAUGGAACCAACUAUCAAGCCUGGAGGAUAAGAAUCCUUGCGGACGCAGAGGUCAUCGGCGGCACAGAUAUCCUGACGAAGAACCAGCACGAACCGCCUGAAGAAUACGACACUAACCCGCUAGAAAAAUAA